AUGGACUUUCUGACACUCUUCUUGAUUUACUUGUGCUUUGUUCUCACUACUACUGGUCUGCUCUGCCUCUGCUCGGGAAGGAAGGAGGGCUUCCUCGCAUGGGGUGUCAGCGGUGCAAGCCAGGUACUGUCACUUGUAAUCCCCACACAGCUCCAGAGAGCGACCCAGAGGGUGCUUCACAGGCUCUUCCACACCAGGAGCCGUUUGUUUGUUGUCCUGCACAUAGCCCUGCAGGCUGCAGUGUAUGGGGAGUACACAUGGGAAGUGUUUGUUUACUGCUGGGAGCUGCAGUUCCACCUCCUCCUCCUGCUCCUGCCCUACCUGCUGCUGGCUGGGAACGUGGGCUGCUUCAUUCUCUGCUCCCGUGCCAAUCCUGGUAUAAUAACAAGAUCGAAUCACGCAUCGUUGGUUAAGAUUUAUCCGUAUGACGGUGUGUUAUUUCAGAAGGGCACCGUGUGUCCUGUGUGCGGCAUGGAGAAGCCAGCCAGAUCAAAACACUGCAGUUUCUGCAGCGUCUGCGUACAUCGUUUCGAUCACCACUGUGUCUGGCUCAACAACUGCAUCGGGGCCUUCAAUGCAAAGUACUUCUUUCUUUACCUCUUCACGCUGACUGCCAUGGCUGCAGCUGUUGCGGUCAUCACGGCGGCGUUCCUCGUCCGGGUGGUGCUGCUGUCAAACAUGAUGCAGGGGAGUUACGUUGACGACCGAGGACAAGAGCGCCCUGUCGAGAUGCUCUUUCUCAUUCAGCACCUUUUCUUGACUUUCCCGAGGAUCGUCUUCAUGCUGGGGUUUGUUGUGCUUCUCACGCUCGUGCUGGGUGCCUACUCCUGCUUCAGCCUGUAUUUGGCCUUCACCAACCAGACUUCCAACGAGUGGUCGAAAUCCAGGAGACACGGGUGUUCCCGCCAUCAAACAUUGCAGCCUCACGGCAGUCGAGUUGGCUACAAAAACAUUUAUUCUAAAGGAAUCUGGAUGAAUUUCAAGGAAAUCUUUAAGCCUCCUACGGUGUUGGAAAGAAAGAAGAAAACAUGA